AUGAGUAAGAAAGGAAGAAACCACAGUCAAAAACACCAACUUUUCAAGCCAUCAGUACGUGGCAAAAAUAUCCAUUUUUGGGGCAAUGAAUGUGAUGAAACUUCAGAUGACGAUAAUUCAUGGUACUCAGCUAAAACUGUGAAUUGUAAGACAUGCCUGAAACCGAAGUAUGGACGUCAUCCUAAUAAACCAGUUGGCAAAGAAAUUAUAGAAAUUUUCCGUAAAAAAAGACCGUCAUUAGAAAAUAUUCAACGUGCUUUACAACUUCUCAAUGUACUUGUUGACAACUUUCAAUCACCAGUUGAUGAGAUAUAUCGUCAAAGUUUGGAUGUGCUUUUGGUUCAGGGGAUUCAAUUUCAGAACCAUACCAUCCAGUAUUAUUCGAUACAUGCUUUGUCCAUAGUUGUCGUACAUAUGGAUGAAGAUCAAUUGAAAAGUUUGAUACCGCGAGGACUGUUGACAGGCCUUACAACUCUACUUCAAAGCGAAGUACUUCGCAUCGUUCAGAAGGCUAUCGACGUUUGCUCGUCUAUCACUAUCAAAAGUGCUGCUAUGCGCGACAUCGUUGCAGUUUGUGGGUCAUUGCACAUACGCGAAUUGCUGUCGAAGCACUAUCAAACGAUUUCCAAAGAAUUUGCACGCGUUGUCACAACCUUUCUGCAAGAUUUGUGUAGUCCUAAGCCAGUCCCAGAAUUCGUCUUGAAAUAUGUUGCCAGUAGUGCUCGUUAUCUUUUGCGGCAUGAGGAGAACGAGAUCCGAACAAGUGCUCUGAGAGCUAUACUGAAUGUGGUUACUAACAAGGAUUUUACUCUCACUUUUGAAGAUGAUUAUGUGGAGCUCAUUAUGAGAUUUCUCGAUAGUGCACGCAAUAAUGAAAUUAGAGCCUCGUUUAAUAUCAUUGAAGUGUUUGCAAAACAAAACAACUGCAAUACUGAUGCAAUCGUUAAAGCAGGAAUAAUAAGAAAGUUCAUGUCUCUUCUUCAAAAUAUGUCUUUAAAGUAUGGUCUUGAUAUUUGUGCAGUGAUCACAAGUCUUCUGUCUAAUAAGAAAUACAUAGAACCCGUGUUGGAAUCAGGAUUUGUACUGUUGCUUCUUGGACUUAUGGAUCGGGGUUCUUCACAUUACAAGAAAGAAGCAUACAGAGCGUUAACAUGCAUGUGUAAUAAUCUUGAGCGAAAGAAUGCCAGAACAUUAGCUAAUCGAACAUACCUUGAAAAAAUAUGCAAAAUUUUCAAAAGCGAGAAUAAUAGUUAUAUAGCAUGUUCUCUUGGCCUUAUUAAUUGCAUGUUCAAAGCGUGUUCAAAGGGGAGAGCUAAAAGACGGUUAAGGAUAGCAAAGGAAUAUAUUAGGGAGUCGGAAGCCUUUGAACUUAUUAGAGAAUUUAUGAACAGCGAAUAUUACAAAGUAAGAAGUUUGGCUGACAGAAUAUACAGUGAAUAUCUGACCGACGACAUUCACUAA